GACUUUGGGCCAAUGUAAAUUUAGUAGGAAGUUAUAUAUAUAUUUGGCUGUCUCGUCGUUAGCCUGGUCCAACAAGAUACUUGGCCCAAAAGUAGCUCCACGCCUUGGAUUUGUGACACAUAUACAAGUAGGCCUACUAUGUAAAAGUAGGGAUUGUUUUGUCAGCGUUUAUGGAAGUUCGUUGACUCUUCGAUUUUUCUCCUUUGUUUCCAUGAUGUGGGAUUUACUGCUGCCCUGCGGGCUAGCCCUUGCUGUGUUGCUUGCUGUUCUGUUUGCCUUUGCUGAUACAGACUUCCUUCUUGCAUUAUAUGAAAAAUUUGGAAAAGAUUGUGGAAGCUUAUCAGGCAAGGUGGUAUGGAUUACAGGAGCAUCGAGCGGCAUAGGAGAACACAUAGCCUAUUGCCUGGCAAAAUCUGGCUGUCGACUUGUUCUGACUGCUCGCAGAGUGGAAGAGUUGGAGAGGGUAAAACAAGCCUGUAUAAGUCAGGGACCAAACAGUGCUGCUCUGGAGAAAAACAUUCUGGUUUUGCCAUUAGAUGUGGUCCAUUUUCAUAAACACCGGGAGGCAGUGCAGACAGUGUUGGAACAUUUUGGUCAGAUCGACAUCCUGGUGAAUAACGCCGCCCGUGGUCAGUUUGCCGAGUGGAUCAAGGUAGAACUUGACGUGGACCGAGAACUGUUUGAGACCAACGUUCUUGGACCAGUCUCUCUGUCUCAGGAGGUUGUGCCACACAUGAUCAAACGUGGAGGGGGACAAAUCGUCGUUACCAGCAGUAUGGCCGGGAAAAUGGGUCUCCCAGGGGCCAGAUCUUACACAGGAAGCAAGCACGCCAUACAUGGAUACUUUGAAAGUUUGCGCACUGAAAUGGCAGGGAAAAAUAUUGAGGUGACGCUGAUCUGCCCCGGUCCGACGUUCUCUCAGCUCUAUCUGACGGCAGCCACCGAGAGGUUGGGAGAGACUCUGGGCCUUCGAAUGGAGAAGACACAAAAAAGGAUGAGCACAAGUCGAUGCGCCUAUCUGUCAUGUGUGGCCAUGGCCAACCAGGUAUCAGAGGCCUGGAUCAUGCAACAGCCCGUUCUGCUGACCGCUUACAUCAUACAGUAUGCCCCUGUCUUGGGAAGAUGGUUGUUGAAAAAGUUUGGACCCAAGCAGGUACAGAAGAUCCGAGAAGGCAAGUGAAACACAGCAAGGCUGACAGCUGCUCGGCCAUGUUAGAUGUUUUUUCUCAGUGAUGAAUUUCAUCAAAGUGUUAUAAUCAUCCCAGUGAAUGGUCUGAAUUGCUAGGGCCAUCUCCCACACUCACUCACAAAUUGCCUACAUAAAAUACUUACCUCACUUUUAUACAAAAAUGUCAUAAUGUUGUGUAGGGUAAAUUUUGACUUGUAUUUUUUUUCUUUUAUCUGCUUCUUCUUUUAUCUGAUGCCUGGAAUGCAGUGGACAGUGGAGUCUACUUAAAUUUGACCACAGUUAAUCCAAAAACAGUGGUUCAUCAGAUUGAAAUAAAAUCAUUGAUGUUGUUUUCUUCUAUUUGAGCAACUUCUCUGAAUCAAAAUUGUGUAUUUUGACUUUCUUCAUUGGUUUAUUACAGUAAUAUCAACCUGUGAUACUCUAAAGGUGUAGUAUGUGAAUUUUAUGUGUGUUGAUAUAAUAUAAAAUGACAAGGAAAAAGCCUCCUGGCUUGACACAGUU